AUGAGCUCCGGCGGAGAGUUUGUGGAAGGUUGGCUUGUGGCACAGGUGCUGGGCGAGGGCGCCUAUGGCGAGGUACGCCUAUUGGUGCACGCGCGUACGAACGCGAGCGUGGCUUUGAAGGCAGUCCGCGGUGGUGCAGAACAAGGAGCUGGAGCUCGUGAAGCCGGUCUACAUCGCGCCUUACGUCAUCCGCACGUUUUACGCUGUUUGGGCGCGCGCCAGCACGGUGACGUCCACUAUCUCUUCCUGGAGUAUGCGCAGGGUGGCGAGCUCUUCGACCGAAUCGAACCCGACGCUGGCACUGGUGAAGCGGCAGCGCGUCGGUACUGGCGCCAGUUGCUGGACGGCCUGCGCUACUUGCACUCGCGCGGCGUAGCUCAUCGUGACAUUAAACCCGAGAACUUAUUGCUCGACCACCACGACACACUGAAGAUCUCUGAUUUUGGCAUGGCCACGUUGUUUCGGCAGAGCGGCCGUGAGCGCCUACUGUCGCGUGUGUGUGGGACGCCCCCAUACGCUGCGCCUGAAGUCUUAACUGCACCGACGCGGCCUUAUCGUGCGCCGCCUGCUGAUCUAUGGGCUGCUGCACUGGUGCUGUUAGCCAUGCUAGCCGGAGAAUUAGCCUGGGAGCGGGCUGACGAAUCGGACGCUCGUUACGCAGCUUGGGCUGCAUGGUCAGUUGGCGGUGCUGCACCUAGCGGUCCCUGGCGCAAAGUUUCACUACCUGCUUUGGACUUACUCCGUCGCGCACUGCGACCCGAUCCUACUCGUCGACCAGCACUAGACGCGCUUUCUGCGCACCGAUGGCUUCGAGAUUCUGACGAGGUAGACGCGGGCUCGGCUGGCGGUCGUCCAUGGAGCUCGCAGCCGUGCGGUGUGGCGGGCGGCAACGAAUGUGAGCUAAGCACGCGCGACAUGGACGAGCUUCUUUGCCACUCGCAACCGGCACAUAGCGACGAUUUGCUAGCUGAGGCAGGUGCUCCGCUACAGCGCCUGGCGCCACGGCUCACACGCUUAUUCCUGCGCUGCGCUGAACGCGACGCUCUACCUGCGCUGGCCGAACAGCUGACCACCCGCGGUCACACAUACCGCUAUUUACAUCCACGUGUCAUGGCCGUUGAAUGCGGUGAAGUACGCAUGCGAGCAUGGGCUGUACGCGUGCGGGGAAACACCUGCCGCCGGUUUCGCGAGCUAAGUGAGGCACUACGUCCGCUAGCUGCGCCUGCGCCGCCGCAACGUGACUUACUAGCACCACUUACCCCAGUUACUACAGAAACAUGCCGCAUGGACACCGCCUAA